AUGGAUCUUGCAGAUCGCUAUAUAAAUAGUGAAUCUGUGAAGCGAAUGUUGCAGUCUGAUCAGGUGGCUUUGGCAGGAAAAACUGCUAUUUUGUUCACGAAAGAUGGGGGCCAGCACAAUAACCUUCAUGACAUGCAGUGUAGGUGGUAUGAACUUUCUUCUGAUGAAAGUUACUUUCGACAUGGUGAUUUUGGACGGGCCCUGGAGAAAUUUAUAGCUGUGGAGAAGCACUAUGCUGAUAUUAUUGAAUAUCAAUUUGAUUUCCAUUCUUAUUGUUUGCGGAAAAUGACACCACGUGCAUAUGUUGGAAAGCUAAAAUUUAAAGAUUGGUUCCAUUCACAUGCUUAUUUCACAAAAUAG